AUGGCGCGAAUCAACCUUCAGACCACCGAGCAUGAAGAGAUUCUCAACCUCAUCGACACGCUGCGAUUCCAAGGUAUUAGUCGCUAUGUUGACCUGCCUCAGGUCAUUGUCUGCGAUAAUCUCUGUACCCGCUUCGCAACUGAACUCAUCCUGCGACGUAGCUCUGCUCCAAAAGUUGUUGUCACCAUCAUUUCCAGUGCGGAUCGCACAGAGCAAGAUGCUGAAUGCCUCUCAAACUUCAUUCCACUGUCGACUUCGAUCGCCGACUUUUCUAACGUUGUCAAAUCUGCCAAAAAAGACAUGGGACAAGACAAUGGCAACACUGUUUUCGCAAAGGAUAUCUUGAGAGUCGAGCUUUGCGGUCGAACCCAGCCAAACUUGACCCUUGUUGAUCUUCCGGGCAUAUUCUGGGCAGGCAAUCCUUCCCAGUCGGACAACGAUGCUGAGCUGGUGCAAUCCCUGGUCAAGUCCUACAUGAAGAGUAAAAGGAGCAUAAUCUUGGCAGUCGUUUCGGCGAAGAACGACCUGGCAAAUCAAGUCACUACCAAGCUCGCUCGCGAGAUUGACCCUAGCGGCUAG